AUGUUAUCCAUAAGUCUUUUGCAUACUCCUAUCGGAGUUCCGCUGAAAUGGUCUAUGUCCGAGUCGGGCAACUGCGUACCCGCCUUCGCGAGCUCGUCAGCGAUACAGUUACCCAUACGAAUCACUUUGUUCGCCCCCCCUUUUGUUUCGUUGGAUUGUACGAUUGAUUUUUUCAAAACGUAUAUCGAUUCGCGAUUUUACGCCGGCCACAAAUUGGAUUUCAAACAACAAAAUUGUGCCGGCGGCCCUGGUUCAGGUGGUGGAGUCGUCGGCAAUACUAACAGCCAUCAAACACAUUUGACAGCUCCACUGCAUGGCCUUGCCACACAUCCAGCGGCUCAUCAAACGACCAGUCAUCAUCAUUCUCAUCUAAAUUCACAUCAUUCGAAUUCAACAGCGGCUCUUCAGCAGCAUAUAGCGGCCAGUCAGCAGCAGCAACAACAACAACAGCAGCAACAACAACAGCAGCAGCAACAACAGCAAAGUACUCCUGGAUCAACGACGGUAUCUUCACAAUCACAAUUGCACUCCGUUGGCGGCACUAACGGCUUAAGUUCCACACCCAACGGUGCUAAUACCGUUAAUACCGCCGGUUCUAUUGGCAAUUCAUCACCUUCAGCUGUCCAUCAUAGUAACGAUACCCAUUCGGCUGCCUCUGUAGCCGUUCCUACCUCCCUUAGUGCCCCCUCGUUGCCACAUAUUGCCCCACCUAGUUUGGGUCUGAGUCCCCAAUCUUCAGCCGAUUCACAACAAUUUAAUAUAUUUCCUGCCAUUUUUAGCCGCCAAUUGAAUUUCUCAGCUGCCGGCGGCUGUGGUCAAACUAAACUAAGCAUGGAUGAGUUGAGACCAAAUUUAGUGGGCGGUCUAUUGGGGCUGCAGCAGGGUUUGCUGGAAGAUCAUGCCGCCAAUAUGCAACACGGUGGCGUGCCUCAAGACACCAAAUUCAUGUCAUUUCAAGAUAAUCGGCUCAUGGGCAUAAGUUCCUCACAUGAAAAUCGCCUUUUGGGACUAGCCUCAUCUGUACAGGAUAGUCGUUCACCCGCCAUCCAUAGCUCCUCCAUCGAUAAGAACUCGCUGAAUCAUCAGCGUAAAUGUAGCAGUACACCGGAGGAUUUUAGUUCGUUGUAUUCGGGACUACCAACACCUGGCAUUGAUACAUCGUCGCAUCAUCAUACACCCGCUCAUACACCACCAACAAGGCUGUCUGACCAUACGAUAUCCGCGGAAGGAGCCUUUAAGAAGCUGAAACCUGAACCUAAUUCGGGUCUUUCAACUGUUUCUGCCGGUGUGACAUCACCAGGAAGUGGUUUGUCAUCAUUAAGUCAACAUGCCGGCCAUACCCCAACCACAGCAUCAUGUCCCACACCAGCGAGACGAAGACAUCGAACGACAUUUACACAGGAACAAUUAGCCGAAUUAGAAGCAGCUUUUGCCAAAUCUCAUUAUCCUGAUAUUUAUUGUAGAGAAGAAUUAGCGAGAACGACAAAAUUAAAUGAAGCUAGAAUACAAGUUUGGUUUCAAAAUCGUCGCGCCAAAUAUCGCAAACAAGAGAAACAAUUACAAAAGGCAUUGGCCCCAUCUGUGAUACCGUCAUGUAAUGGUAUGAUGAGAAAUAUUCAAGGUUAUAGCGUGUCGCGAGGUUAUCAACCCUAUCCUCAUCAUAAUUCAAUAAAUCGUUAUCCUCAGGAUCUCUUUCAAAUGGGCGCCUCAUCAUAUCCCGGCAUGUCGCAACCGUUUUCUAUGAGUCAUAGUGCUAAUAUGGGCUCAGUUGGUGUGCGACAAGAUUCAAUGGGCAUGUCACCCGAAGACGAAUGGUAUAAUAAAAGUUUAUCAGCGCUACGCAUGAACAGUUCUCAUCACCCCAACUUAUCGGCGCCAAUGCUGCAGUACCAAACAUAAUCAAAAACCUUUGACGAUUUCUUUUAAAGUGUAAAAUAUUGUUAUUAAGCCCGCAGCCGGAGAGGAAGUGCAAAAGGAGCUGCAAAACUUUUGGACCUAAACGUAAAAAUUUUAAAUAUUUUAUACUUUAAAAGAAUUGCGUCAUAUUUAUUCUUCUAGCAAGUGAUCAAUACGAUCACCUAUGAAUUGUGGAGAAAACUAAAGAGAUAAAUACAUAUUCCAAAGAUUUUUUUAUAAAUCAAUCAAAUAUCUAAAGAAUUUAAUUGUUAAUAAUUAAUACACUUAUAGAAUAUAUUUAUAAAUACCUAUAAUUAACACUGUAAAACUUAGUAUUUUAACGAUAACGUAAUUAAAUUUAUAAAUUGUUUCCUACACUAAAGAAAUAUUUAUAAAGAAAAAGAAGAAAAUUUACACAUUUUUAAGAAACAUUUACUUACAUUUAAAUACUAACAGAUAUUUCAAAAAUUAAGUUUUGUAAAUAUUAUUAAAAGUUUUAUUAUUAAAACGACACCGCAGCUAGAGAGAGAGACCUUUAAAU